GUGUAACUCACAAACCGGACGCGGUUAAACUUCGGGAAUGGUGUCUAAAAGACUUGGACGCAUUACGUGGCUGUUAUUUUUGUCUCACUUAUGGAUAGCUGAGAGCUGGGAUACUGAUGAUCUUGAACUUUUUGAUCUGGUUGAAGAGGUCAACCGAAACUUCUAUGAAGUUUUAGGCGUAGACCAGGCUGCUAGUAGCUCAGAAAUCAGAAAGGCUUACAGAAAACUUUCCCUGCAGCUUCAUCCCGACAAAAACAAGGAACCUGAUGCUGAGGCCAAAUUUAGACAGCUUGUUGGUGUGUAUGAAGUGCUUAAAGAUGAAGAAAAGCGUAAGCGGUAUCAUCUUGUUCUUGAAAAUGGGUUACCAGAUUGGAGACAACCUAUAUAUUACUACAGACGAGCUCGUAAAAUGGGAAUGUUUGAGUUACUGGGAUUAUUGUUUAGUAUUCUUACUCUUGGUCAUUACAUUGUUUUAUGGGCUUCAUAUGCAGAAAGAAAAUUUACAGUGUCUGAAAACUUCACUGAUAGACUUAAGAAAAUGGAAUCAAAGAAUAGGAAAAUUAGAGGGAAACUUGAAGAUCAGAUAGAAGAGGAGAUGGAAAUAGCCCUUCAGUUAGUUCCAAGACCAACAAUGUCAAAGCUAUGGCCAGUUAGACUUACUUUAGCAAUUAUCAACCUUGUAAGAAUUUCCCCUACCCUAAUAAAACAGCUAGUAGAGUAUAUAAAAUGGAGACAAGAAUUAAAGAAGAUAGAAGAACAAGAAGAAGAAGAAGAAGAGGAGACUGAUGAUAUUGUGAAGAAGGUGAAAAGAAAAGUGAAGCCAGAGUUUCCAGAGUACAACCCACAGACUACUGACGGUCCAGUUGUAUAUACACCUAUUGGAUAUGAAGAUGAUGAUCAGAAUUUACAGGUUGUUGAGAAAAAGGGAGAAUGGAGUCAAGAAGAGUUAGCUAUGUUAGCUAAGGCUGUAAGUAAGUUUCCUGGAGGCACACCUGGGAGAUGGGAAAAGAUUGCUGUUAUGAUGGAAAGACCUGUUGCAGAGGUGACAGCAAAGGCCAAAACAUUGAAAGGAUCUUAUAACAUUACAGCAAAUGCCAGUUUACAAGGUGGAAUAAUGAAACAGCCAAAGAAAUCUCAAACAAUUACAGAUGAAAUGAUAUCUCAAAAUGAAGAAUUACCUACUGCUAAUGGUAAAGGUGAUAUAGGUGAUAGUCAGGUUAGACGAAGGAAGAAUAAACCACAAAAGACUGCUGAUAAAACAUUGUUGAUUGGUCAUACUCAGCCAGUCAAAAAUGAUAGUGAACAAGGAGGGAAAUUCUCAGAACAUACAGAUUGUAGUAGCUCAAAACAAAAAAUCACAAAUAAUGUUAGUGGUAAGAUUAGCUCAUUGCCUAAUGGAACUGAUGUAUCAUCAAAUCUAUCUAAGUCAGGGAGUGCUUCAAAAUUGACUGAUGAUUCAGAUGGAUGGAAUAAAAAUCUACAAACGAUAUUAGAAUGGGCAUUAAGACAACAUCCCAAAGGUACAGACCAAAGAUGGGACAAAAUAGCACAGCAUAUCCCAGGAAAAUCUAAGGAGGAUUGUAUAGUCAGGUUUAAGUAUUUAGCUGAUCUAGUCAAGAAGAAGAAAGAACAAAAUACACAAGAACAAUAAUAUUUAAUGAAGUAAAAUAAUCAGUGUAGUAACAAAAAGGAAUUUAUUUUACUGUAAUCAAGAAAUAUAGGAAACCAAAGAUAUUCUUAUGUACUGAUGCUGAAGGGUUGAUUUAAAUGCUGAGGUCAGUUCUAUUGGUGUUAUUUAUUGGAAGAUUUUUGUCGUACAUUUAAUGUAUUAAUAAAUUUUUAUAGAAGUCAUACAUUGUUGUAUUAAUAAAUUUUUAUAGAGA